AUGGUUCACUGCAGUUGUAUCUUUGAUUUACCGUUACUAAAUCUCAGCCCGAGUACCUGGUGGCGCCACCAGGUUAUUCUUCCUCCUCCCCUUCCUCUAUCUGUUCACGACCCUCCCUCUCCACCUCACCUCCAUCCACAUUGCUGGUUUGCUCUUAAGGGUGCUCUUCUGGCAAUAAUUGCUCGUAUAUACGACAACAUGGAGUCUGUGUAUCCGUGUAUAGUCUUUACUCUGUACUGUUGCCAACUUUAUCUUGCUCUUGAGGUGAUUUUAGCCAUUACAGCAGUUCCGGUGAGGGCCAUUCUUGGACAGAAUUUGAAACCACAGUUCAAUGAACCAUAUUUAGCCACUUCACUGCAAGACUCUUGGGGCUGUAGAUGGAACCUCAUGGUCAGCAGUAUUCUACGCCCCGCUGUAUAUCAACCCGUACAGCGUAUUUCUACACGUAUUUUAGGCAGCAAGUGGGCUCGGCCUUUGGCCACCCUAGUCACAUUCUUGGUGUCUGGUCUCAUGCAUGAGGUGAUUUAUUAUUACUUAUCACGUGUAUAUCCCACGUGGGAGGUGACAAGGUUCUUUGUUCUUCAAGGGAUUUGUGGGGCCUUCGAGAUAGCCGUAAAAAAGGCAUUGGGCGGCCGUUGGCAGUUGCACAGGUUUGUUUCGGGGCCGAUGACGGUGGUAUUUGUUGGAGAUACGGGCGUGUGGUUAUUUUUACCACAGAUGAUUAGGCAUGGUUUAGACAAAAUGGCCAUAAGACUCUUACCAGCGGCCAGAACCUCAGCAUGUGAUCGUGCGGUUUCAUCCCCAGUGAUAGCCGAAGGGUCGGGCAGCUGUUAA